AUGAAGACUUCAACAAAGGCUCGCACCUCGGUCCGCUACAGCACAUACAGCGUCACACCAUCCGUCACCCCGACCUUUGCCACCACCGACUCAGCCCAGGCUGAGUUCCGCGACAUCGCCUGCGGCCUCGAUCGCAUGGAGAACAAGGCCCUCUCCUCUCAACGCGUCGCUCUCGAUGAGGAAAAGACGGACAACCUACGCAAGCUCGCCCUCGGUGCCAAGCUCGAGCGUGCCCUCGACCGCCGCAUGAGCUCUCAGGACGCCGUCAUGCGACCGCGUCCCAAGAAGCCCGUCAUCUCAGAAAAGCAGCAGCUUGUCGAAAAGGUUGCCUAA